AUGGCAAAUUUUCCACGACAUCCGUACAAGACCAGAGCUAACUCGAAGGUCAUGGAAAAUUGGGAGCAGUCACACGAAUCUAUUAAGGCUGAUGUCAACCAGUUGAAGGAUCAGAUGGCCCAUAUUUUGACAGCUCUCGAAGCCUUGAAGACUACGGGAGAGUCGACACCUACGCAAGUUGAGGGAAGUGCUCAAUAUUACCCUCCGUUGUUCAAUGUUGGGAGCCAAUCUGUUCCGUUCCCAAUGUACGGAUUACCCCCCGGCUACACUCCACCUGUGGGAGAAUACACGGAAAGGGAGCGUGUUUCAUUCUCUUUCCCUACCACUGCCGACAUACCGCCAAUCGGUACUCAGGGACCUGUUGUAAUAUCCGCACCUAUGGUAAGUGAAGGAAUGAAUGCAAACAUGUCUGAUGGAAUACGAGUAACUCCGGUGCCUCAUGUGAUUACCGGGGAGGGUUUUUCUACCAAGUUUGCGCCACAUACUUCAUUUCAGGGGGUAAUUAGUAAUGUCGACGGAGCAAAAGAUAAGUUGGAGAGCCUAGAAGCAAGAUUGAGGGCUGUUAAGGGAUUUGAAAGUUAUGGGUUCGGAGAUGUGGCCAGGUUGAGUUUGGUUCCUGGCGUCAAAAUACCACAUAAGUUCAAGGCACCAGAUUUUGAGAAGUAUAAGGGAAAUGCAUGCCCUAAGAGCCAUCUGACCAUGUUUUGCAGAAAGAUGGCUGCAUAUGCUUAUGAUGAGCAACUGCUCAUUCAUAUUUUCCAAGAUAGUUUGGCUGGAGUGGCAUUAAACUGGUAUACUCAUUUGGAGCCGACUCGAAUUCGUGGUUGGGCGGACUUGGCUGAUGCUUUUGUGAAACAGUACAUAUACAAUACACAUGUUGCGCCAGAUCGUUUACAGCUACAAAACAUGUCGAAGAAAGACAACGAAACUUUUAAGGAGUAUGCUCAACAAUGGAGGGAAUUGGCUGCACAAGUUGAGCCACCUUUGUAUGAUAGAGAAAUGGUGGCAAUGUUUGUAAAUACACUCCAACCACCAUUUUAUGAACAUAUGGUGGGAAAUGUAUCUUCAAAUUUUGCUGAUAUCAUUGUGAUAGGCGAACGAAUAGAGAUCGGGUUGAAAAAUGGGAAGAUUGCAUAUGGCUCGUCGAUGGUUGCAAAUUCCAAAAAACCUAGCUUCAACUCCGGAAAAAGAAAGGAAGGAGAUGUGCAUGCGACAUCUGAAACCCCCAUGUGGAGAGGUCAGGCUCCCACUCAUAACUAUCGACCAUACUGGGGUCAACAUCCACAUGCAGCUAACGCGUCAUUUGGUCAUCAAAUUAGGCCUCAACAACAACCAGGGUACUAUCAACCACAAUACAUCCCGACGAAUAACUAG